AUGUGCCGGCCUCAGGUCAAAGUGAGCAUGGUUGCCUGCGGAGGACUGCAUACCAUCGCCCUCACCGUGGACAAGAAACUCUUCUCCUGGGGUAUCCAUGACGACGGGGCUUUGGGCCGGCCCACCCCCGAUUCCGAUCUCUGGACGUCAGCCGAGAAGGAGGACGCCGUCGCCGAGAAUUUGCCCGGCCGGAUGGCACUGACCGAAGGCGGCCGCGUCAAGAGCGUCACGGCGGGCGGGGGCAGCCACACUCUGGCCCUGAUGGAGGAUGGGAGAGUGCUGGGCUGCGGGAGCUUUCGAGGCGACUCGGGUAGCUUGGGAUUCUCCCCAGGGACGCCGAGGCAGCGGACCCUCGUGACGGUGAUCCACGGGUCCAUUCGGAAGAUCUCGUCGGGGGAGAACCAUUGCCUUGCGCUGACGACCGGCGGCCAGGUGCUGACGUGGGGCUGCGGCGAGAGGGGCGCCCUGGCUCGCGGCGGGGAGCAGCUGACCCCCGCGCCUGCCCUGUCGCCGGAGGGCGUCCUCACGGGCGUGGAGGGCGUUUUCGCUGGCCAGCAGAAUACCUUCGUGACGACGGGGGACGGAAAGGUGUACGGCUGGGGCCUCAACAACCAGGGCCAGCUGGGACUUCCCCCCUGCGAUCCCGUUGAGCGUGCGACGGAGAUCAGCGCUCUGUCCAAACUGGGAGGGAUUAAAGAUGCUGCCGGGGGCUCUCACCACAGCCUGGUGCUGGCGAAGGAGGGCGGCCUGUACAGCUUCGGAAGUCCGACGUACGGGGUGCUCGGGCGACCGGACAUGAACGUCAGGGGCAUCAACGCGGAGCCCCUGCACGAACCGGCGCUGGUGCACGUGGGUGAAGACGAGGACGGCGGGCUGCCCCCGGGGGCCCGCAUCUUGGCGGUGUUUGCGGGGCAGACGGUGUCCCAGUGCUUCGUCGAGGGCCACGGAGUUUACGCUUGGGGCGCCAGCAGCGAGAUGGUGCUUGGACUGGGCCCCGAGGUGGACGAGGUGUACCUGCCAAACAGGGUGAGGAACGCAAACUGUUUU